GACCUGUAGACCAAUCUCAUGCGAGGAGCAGUGAUUGAUUUGCAGCUUUUUAUUAGUUAUGACGGUCCAACAGAAGCGAGUCGCGUCCCUCAUUUUAAGAGAACAUUAUGGAGAAAUUGUAGAGAAGGUCGGGACGUUUUGUAUCGCUAAAGGACUUCGUCCUUUGAAGGAUAUAACUCGAGGAACCAAACUACCUCAAGGCCAAGUGCAGAAGGCGUUGUGCUGCCUCAUUCAACAUCAUUUUGUCACAUUUGAAGUGAAUAAGAGAAACGUUACGUUGUACAAUGCGUGGAUUUCUAAUAUCCUUCUUCGUCUCCGUGCUCCGCGGUACAUUUAUUGUGUGAAAUCUCUUUUUGGGUACACUGGCGAGUUGAUAAUAGAUGAAAUUUUUCAGCAUGGGUCUGCUAUCAUGAGCACAGUUGUGGACAAAGUUGCGAGGCAUUUACAAGAGGAUGACAUUGAUUCAGAAGAGGAUGAGAUUCGAGUUUGUUUUGCUGAUCUCGUGAAGAACCAUUUUCUUCAAAGAUUGAGGCCAAUGAAAAGUGAAGAACAAACCAUGGGCAACAAUAGUUAUAAUGAGGAUGACCUCUAUGCUCUGCCACCUGGAAUGAACUUGCAAGGUCAUGGUUCAAAACGGAAGAGAAGUACUGGUGAUGAGGGUCAAACAGCAAAGAGGCAAAAAACAGGAGCAAGCUACACUGCUGGUGCCAGAAGCUCUGAAUUAAGCGAUGAUGGAAUUUUAUGGCAAGUGAACUUUGCAAGGUUUCAUCAGCAUUUCAUUGAUGAGAAUAUUGUCACUGUUGUAACCAAGAAAGUUGAUAAGUUUGCAGGGGAGAUUGUCAAGACGAUGUUGAAAUUGACUGAGCUGGCAAGAGAUCCCUUAUCACCGACAUCACAAACAGUAUCGCUUCAUGAGAUCUCACAGAAUUUGUCUGUAACUCCCAAGAUGGAGAAGGCACAGAUUGUUCAGUACCUUUCACUGUUGACAGAUGAGAAGGAUAAUUUGGUUUCCAAAACAGGAGAUAGUGGAGGAGGAAUGUAUUGUAUAAAUCUGCAAAAGUGUGUGGAUACCUUGUGCCAAAAUGUGAUUGAAUCCAUUGUUCAAGAGAGGUAAAUAAAACAACCAGGUCUUUAACCCUGCCACUAACAAAUUUUUUUGUAAAUGAUUAUGAUUUCAAAUCAUUAAAAUUUUCAGAUUGGUGAGUUGGCCAUGAUUCCAUCUAAAGAUGUCAAGGAGCUGCUCUACAAACUUUUUGCAGAGAGGUUUAUUGCACUACAGGAAAUCCCCCGAGCUUCUGAUUAUGCCCCAUCAAGAACAGUUUACUUGUUUUCUGUGAAUCUUCCACAGCUUAGUAGAAUGCUGCUUGAAAAAUCCUAUCAGGCACUUGGGAACCUGAUGAGCAGAAGGGAGACUGAAAUACAGGAGCACAGACGUUUAAUUGAAAAGAAAGAGAGAGUGGAGGCAACAAUAAACACACUGAAGGCUCAACAUGGGGAGGAGACAUCAGAAGAGGCUAUAGCUGAGCUGCGAGAGUUUAUUAUUCCAGCAGAACAAGAGCAGCUAAAGAAACUUAAGCUUUCUCUUGCCAAGUUGGAUCAGAGUGAGCUACAAGUAGAUGAGACCAUUUUUAUUCUAUCCCAGUACAUUUCUUCACAUUAGGAUGGAAGACUGAGAUUUAAGAAGAAGCUGGAAGAGACUUUUGUGUCUGUUGUGUCUCUAGUUUGGCAUGGUCUAAGGAAGUUGCUGACUAAUGCUGAUCCAGUCAGUUUGCAGACCUACUCUUUUCUGUGAGGCCACAAUCCAGAGAGUGAAGGUCACCAUCCAGAGAGUGAGUGAUUUAAGAGCCGUGGGGAUUUGAUGAACAAUAACAAAUUGAAAAUAAGAGGGGAACAACAAGAGGGGUUGCUUUGCAGAUGGUGAUUGGAGAGAUGAGGGAACCACAUCAAGCAAUUCAUUAAAAAAUGUACACUGCCAUCUAAAUUAAACCUUAAAUUAAAAACAAACAAACAAACAAAAUCAUAGAGGCCUCUGUCUCUAUUAUUUGUUAUCAAUGUUCCUUUUGUUUUCUUGUCUCUGUGUAUCACAUUUUACUUUUGUGUUGUAAAUAGAAUCUUUGUACUCUACUUUUAAAUGUUUUGAAACACCUUUCAUAGGUAGUAAUUUCAGAAUUCAUUGCGCUGUGACAAACUAGUAAGCAGUUUAUCUGAUUAUAUCUAGAGGUAUCCUAUCUGUCAUGUACUCUAAUGAAAAGGUUCAAUGAUAAGACUUAUUCUGUGUAAAACAUGACUAUGCUAAAUCAUUAAUGUCAUAUUUAUUAUUACAUUCUACUGUAUGUCAUUUUAAAAUAUUUGCUUCUCUCUAGCAUACAAUGCACCUUUGCACAAGACAUCUAUACACUAAUUGUUACAUUUUGCUUGUACUUAUUACACUCAUAACCGUUUGUUCAUGCAGUGCAAUAAAUUGACUGCGAAAUGAAGAUUUGACAUUGGUCAGUGAAGACAUUGGUGAACUAAAUCAAAGUCUGGCAUAAAUUAUUAGUAAAAUGAACAUCCAUUGUGAUGUGUGGGUUGAAGAGUUGAUUUUUAGGUGAGGAUGGAAGAGGUCUUGAUUGCAAACAUCUUUGUAAUUAAUGGUGAUGACAUGCCAGGUUAUUUUAGCAGAUGGCUUGCCUGUUCUUUGUUACACUGUAGACUGUUUUGAUGACCCAACUUUCUUUGCCCAGAAGCAUUCUGAGUUCUCUUUCCAACUUGGUUCACCUUGUUCGUAGACUUCCUGAAAAUGACAAUGAAAGGUACAAUAAGUAAAUGUAGAAUGUUCAAAAUGCUUCUCUUAUUUUAUAUUGGGUUUCCCAUGUAGGUUUAAUGGAAUUAUAGCAUUACACUGUAGAGCAAUUUUAAAUUAAAUUCUGACAUUAGCAUAGCAUCUUGGACUCACACUAUAAUACAACAGAAUCAGUAUAUGACUGUGAAUAUAUGAAAAUCAUAUAAUUAUGUGAACUGCAGAUCAAGAAAUAAAUUUGACAGCAAUCUUCGCAGUAAUGGACACUACUUAUGCAGUAACAGCCUGAAAAAAUUUCAGACCUGUAAGGCAUUUGAACCCAUGAUCUCUACCAAACCAGGGAAGUACCAACUGAGCUAACAAGCCAACCAUGAAUUGAUCAUUGCGGUAUGUUGGUUUGUAAUAAUUAUAGGUUUCUACAAAAGUAUAUAACCCACAGAAACAGACUACAUGAUAAAGAUUAAGGAAUAGGUUAGAAAUAUUUCAUUUUCACAUUAAAUCUCAAUGAACU